GGGGGGUGGGGGGCAAAUACUAAGUUAUCUAUUUUAAAAUUCAUUAUCAAUGACUGCUUAAAACUGAAUUCAUAAUUAAUUAAAUAAUUAUCUUCAAUUCAACCAUUUUCACAAUUUAUGUGAACAAUCUCAUUUACUGAAAACUACAAAAAAAAAACCAACUUCAUCAUAAGGAGUAUACCAUAAAUUUCUUUAUUAUUUAUGUCAUCUACGAACAGCUCAUUUCCAUUCCUUAAUGGGCCAAAUUAACAGUCUUAUCUAACUAUUGAACUUGACACAACACUGAUUGCCACUUAUUAAUUAUGAGAACCAAGACACCUGUAUGGGAUAUACACAUCUAUUAAUACGUCUGCUGGAGCAACAACUUCACAGUUUCUCCAGUUUCUUUUAUCAAGAAGUCAGCACCGAACUCUUUCUACAAACGAUAUCUCAUCUUUACUAACCAAGAUGAAAGUUGUACUAGUCGUUCUUCUAGCGACAAUCGUAGCUUCGCAGGAGAUUGCCCCUCUGCUAACAGUUGAUGAACCUAUCCCUGGGAAGUAUAUCGUCAAAUUCAAGGAAGGACGGAAGAUUGAUGAUUUCGCCAUAAAUCUAGCUGGUGGCAAGGUAACCCGCAAGUUCAGCAAAGUGUUCAGUGGAUUCGCCGCCGACCUCAGCGAUGAAUUGGUUGAAGGGCUCCGUAAAUCUGAGGCUGUUGAGUACAUCGAACAGGACGGUGUGGUUCGGGCUAGCGCAGUAGCAUCAUGGGGUCUCGAUCGCAUUGACCAGCUCAAUCUCCCACUCGAUGACAUCUACCAGUCCGACUUUGGUGACGGCAGUGGGGUAGAUGUCUAUGUCCUCGAUACAGGAAUCAACUUAAAUCACAAUGACUGGCAGGAUCGAUCUUCAUAUGGAAAAGAUACAGUCGACAAUGAUUUUAACUCUGAGGAUUGCGAUGGGCACGGAUCUCACUGCGCAGGUACAAUCGGAGGAACUCAGUAUGGUGUCGCCAAAGCAGCACAUCUUAUUGGAGUUCGUGUUCUUGAUUGCUCAGGAAGUGGAUCUUAUGCUGGGAUAAUUGAAGGUUGUGACUGGGUAAUAAGUGAUAAGCAGAGUAAGCAGAGUGAGAAUGUUGUGGCUUCAAUGUCAUUAGGAGGUGGUGGUAAUGAAGCACUUGAUGCAGCCAUCGCGCAAAUGGUUGACGCUGGUAUCACGGUGGUAGUGGCAGCAGGUAACAGUGACAGGGAUGCCUGCUUAUAUUCCCCAGCUCGAGCUGAGCCGGCAAUCACAGUCGGAGCUACAGAUAUCAGUGACGUUAGAGCUUCUUUCUCUAACUAUGGCUACUGUCUGGAUAUCUUUGCACCUGGUGUGGCUAUAACGUCAGCAUGGUAUGGUGAACCUGAUGCCAGUAAUACCAUCAGUGGUACCUCCAUGGCUUGCCCACAUGUAGCAGGUGCUGCAGCAACAGUACUUGGUGCUCAUCCAGGUCUCCUACCCGUUGAAGUGAAAGAAAUGCUUCAACUCAAAGCUAUACCAGAUAUAGUGUCAGAUCCAGAAUCAGGAUCUCCAAAUCUUCUCCUUUAUGUAGGAGAAGGAUCGGGUGGAGGAUUCAUUCCAACCCAACCUCCACCACCUCCAGAAUGCGGCACGAAUUUUACCUCUCCUACUGGAAUCAUUUCGAGUCCAAAUUAUCCGAGUUCAUACCCCAACGACGAGAAAUGUUCAUACCUUGUAAUGGCCGCUGAUGAGGAGAAAAUCAUCAACCUGUCAUUCACUUAUUUCUCUUUGGAAUUCCACUCUUCUUGCGACUAUGAUUCACUCACGGUAUAUGAUGGAGCCAGCCCGAGCGACCAUGUGCUGGGUAAACUGUGUGGCACCACUCUUCCUGGUGAUUUGACAAGCACUGGUCCAAACAUGUUACUGGUUUUUGAAAGUGAUUUUAUCAUUACAGGUGGAGGCUUUUCUGCAAAUUACGACAUUAUAGAGUUGGGAGUUUGUGGUGGUAUAAUCAGCUCUUCCGUAGCUCUGUUGACGUCACCCAACUACCCUGAUAAUUAUGGAAAUAAUGCUGAUUGUUCUUUCACUAUCCACGCCCCUGUCGGUCAGACUAUCACCUUAACGUUCGACGAUAUCGAUAUAGAAGAUCAUGUUUCGUGCAGUUCAGAUGCAGUAGAGGUUCAUGAUGGUGAUAUGCAUGGUCCUUACCUUGAAAAGGUGUGUGGAAGCACGAUCCCUUCACCAAUUACUUCCACCAAGAACUCCAUGUAUGUGAGGUUUAUCAGCGACAAUUCAGUUACUAGGUCAGGAUUCAAGGCAAUCUCCAAAAUGGAAUAAUGGCAAAGACACCCUCGACUGGCUCUUAUAAUAACAUCGUAUAAUAACGAUUAUUAAACUUGUUCUGGUACUUAUAAUUAAUUUGAUUUGAAUCUUACAAAAAUAAAUCUCGGUGACAUACAUUCAUCUGUUAUUGUAUUUUGGCAAUUGAAACUUAGAAAAUAGAGAGACAUGAUCAUUGAGAUUAGCCCCAGUAAAUCAUAGGCCUAUAGAUAGAGUGUAUUCAUAAUUAAUGAACAUUGAUAAUUGGUAUCAGUUCUACUCUGGAAACAAUACUUCAUCAAUGGUAGUUAAAAUCUAAAGAGCAUUAAAUCAAAUGUUAACGUAAAUAAACAGAAGCUGCAAUGCAAGAUUGGAGUAAUAACACUGACAUAUCACAGUGAACUUAUCAAAAUUCCUGAAAAUUUGAAUUUAAAAACUUAAAAGGGUGGUUAAUUUAACAUGCCAGUAGAUGCGUUUCAUUGUAUCAUGGGCCUUUGCAUCCAAGAAUGCAUUCAAAAUCUCAUCGCAGUAUGAAAGUUAGCUUGUCAGUCGCCUUAUUUAUGUUAUUACGAGUAUGUAUGACGCUGACAUAUUGAUUCGCAGUUAACCAUUAAAUUACUCCCUUGGCGAUAUAUUGAUUGCAUUUUUUUUCAAUGCUAUUGUGAAUAGUAAUCUUAAUAGCUUGUAUUUCAAUUAAUUUAUUGUUAAUGCAUGAUACAUUAAAUUGAAUAUAAAAUAAAUGUAUCAUUAGUUAAUAGUACGCCUGGAUUUGUGUUGCGAAAUCAAUAGCAUAUAUUUGAUGGUAUACAAUUACCCGGAUCUUGGGCACAAUAAUAUCAGAUGAUCUUUUGCCUGUAUGUAUCGUUAAUGAUUGUCGAUGCUUUGUAGAAUAGUUUUCUUCAGUUUCUUGUCUCAUCUGAGAAUUUCAAAAAUUUAAAUAAAAUUUAAGACGCAUUCAAAAUGAGUGAACACCUUGUAUUAUUUUGUUAUCAAGUUAUUGUUAACUCUGAAAUCAUGUUGAUUUGAACAGAUAUAUUAGACUAAGAAAACAACAUAAGAAGGAAAACAAAAGUAUAUGAUGAAAAAAUGACAAUACAGCCUUGGAGAUUUUACGUAUCUUUAAAAAAAGAGAACUCAAGAAAAUAGUGAAUAAGGAUGAAACUAGAUAAUUUCAUGUUAUAAACUUUAUUUUUCAUACCAUUAUUACAAAGUUUCUACAACAGCAAAAUCUGCUUCGCAAUCCAAAAUGAAUAUAUAUUCUUUCGACUUCAUGCACAAAAACAAUUUCUAUAGCUUAUCAUUCUUUUGCGUAAUGCACAUCACUGUUUUGCAAAAGAGCGACAGUUAACAAAGUAAAUAGUAUCAUUUCAAUUUCCGAUUUCCUUUUUAAAUCACCUUAUACUGACCUUU